AUGGGUAACAAUAGGUAUGAUAAUGAGGAUUUCCAUACAUUUUUUGCGCGGACUAUCCGAAGUUAUAGCGGAACGAAACUACGCCGUGACGGAGUUUUAAACCUAUUUCCAUUUCCAAGGGUUGGACGGUCAUCUCAUCAGACCUGGCAGAUACCUAUACAUGAUUUGUUAGAUCAAGACUUACAUAAACGGCAACUUUACGCAUUUCCCCGCGUGGGUAGGUCGUACCCAAUCCAAAUAUCCCCUGCGAAAUUGGAGGAGAUUCUGUUUGGUAGAAGUCAUGGAUUUGUGAAGAGAGAACGUGAAAGCACGGAUAGUACGGGAAUGUGGUUCGGGCCAAGGCUUGGUAGAGGAUUCAGGAGUGAAGAUGAUACAAUUUCCAGUGAAGAGAGAAGUGAACCAGAACAGGUCGUUUUUGAAUCCGAACGGGAAAAACGAGAUACGAAAAACAACUAA